GAAGACGCUCAGCUCAGCUGUACUUCAGGGAAGAUCUGUUCCAACUUUUGUGGAUAUACAACAACCUGACACGUAGUUAAAAGCAGCGGUUUUAUUUCUGAAGCCCGUGUGUUGUUUGGUCUUUUUAAUCAGACCGCUGGAGGGUGAAUUAAAGUCGCCAUUUAGCCAGUUUUCUCUCGGCUGGUUAGCAUUCUGGCUAACUGGUGUAGCUAGCUGUCAUAGGACUGUUCCAUAUGGGACAGUUCCACGUGACGUCAGGAAGGACCGUUGGUUUAAUGUUAUGGUAGUUAGCCAUAUGGUAGUUAGCAGGAGCUAUAGACGGUCUGUGGUUUAGCCCUGCUGCCGGGGACCACAUGUUUAACCUCCUCUCCGCUGCCCUCUCACUGCUGCCCCGACGCCUGCUCGUCUCCUCACCCGGGACCCUGCUCGUCUCCUGCCGGUCCCUCUGCAGGAUGGAGCCCGCCGUGGUGAGGUGCCUCCCCGGGGAGCCCAAACUCACCAUCUCCUUCUGUCUGCACGGCAGCCACAAGCACAUGCUGCGGGACCAGGGCGAGACGCUGGGCAAGGUCCUAGCCCGGAUCUCCAACGGCAUCGCCAAGGGCCAAGGCAAGACCAAGAAGUCCAAGAAGAACAAGAACCAGGGACAGGAGCAGCCGGGUGAAACGCCGGAGCACGUCGUGGUGAAGCUGGUCUACGACGGGCAGGAAGUGGCCGACACGGAGCUGAACUCGGCGGCGUGGCAGGACGGAGCCGUGCUGCACGUGGGGGGGUGUAAAUACGCCGUGCAGAGGAACGCCCCCACUUGGACCACCGCGGAGCUCCCGGUGUCCCUGCUGGCCGGGUUCCCCGUCUGCCCCAAUCUGGAGGUCGAGUUUGGGAACCUCCAAGACUGCGAGUUCACGUGGUAUAAGGAAAAUGCCCCAUACACAAGUAGCCCUGAAGCUGCUGCAGCUGUCCCAGGCCAGGACAGCGGUUGGACCGAGGUAGGCUGCGGGAGAGUCCACGUGCCGACCAAUCGGGACAUCGGCUACAGGCUCAAACUGCGCUGCACGCCUAGAGACGGCGGCCGCAGUGGCGUGGCCAAGGAGCUGGUCUCUGCCGGAGCCGUAGAGGCCGGGCCGGGCGUGUGCACGUUCGACAACAGACACGCGUACACGGUGAAGGAGGCGGAGUGGCCAGCGGUGAGGGUGGUGUCCUACAACAUCCUGGCCGACGUCUACGCCCAGACAGAGCUGUCCCGGACCGUGCUGUACCCGUACUGCCCCCCCUACGCCCUGCUGCUGGACUACAGGCAGAACCUGAUCAAGAAGGAGCUGGCCGGCUACAACGCUGACAUCGUCUGUCUGCAGGAGGUCGACAAAGGGGUGUUCGUGGACAGUCUGACUCCAGCUCUGGACGCCUUCGGCCUGGACGGUGUUUUCAGGAUCAAAGAGAAGCAGCACGAAGGACUCGCCACUUUCUACCGCAGGUCGAAGUUUCAGCUGCUGAGCCGUCAUGACAUCGUGCUGAACGAGGCGUUGACCUCUGACCCCAUCCAUUCAGCGCUGCUGGAGAGGGUUUCUGCUAACAGCGCUUUGAAGAACAAGAUACUGCAGAGGUCCACCGCCCUGCAGGUCAGUGUGCUCGAGGACCUGAAUCUACCGGGCAGGAAGGUCUGUGUGGCCAACACUCACCUGUACUGGCACCCGAAAGGAGGGAACGUCCGGUUGGUCCAGAUGGGCGUGGCUCUGCAACACCUGCGUCAUGUGAUCGGCGAGGUGGCACCUGGCGCCCCGCUGGUCUUCUGUGGGGACUUUAACUCCACCCCUAACUCAGGUGUGUUCCAGCUGGUCCGUGAGGCUGUGGUUCCCCUGCAGCACCAGGACUGGACCAGUUCUGGUCCCGAGGAGUCCUGCCCUAUGGAGCUGCUCUCGGCCUUCCCCCCCCUGCUGAGCGCCUGCAGCGAGCCCCCCUACACCAACUACGUGGGAGGCUUUCACGGUUGCCUGGACUACAUCUUCAUCCAGCCAGACAGCAUGCAGGUGGAGCAGGUGAUUCCUCUGCCCAGCCACCAGGAGGUCACCACCUACGAGGCUCUGCCCAGCGUCGCUCACCCCUCGGACCACAUCGCCCUGAUCUGUGACCUGCGCUGGGACCCCUGACCUCUGACCCCUGGCCCCUGACCCCUGACCUCUGACCCCUGACCUCUGGCCCCUGACCUCUGACCCCUGACCUCU